UGAACCCGGGACGUGCAUUAAGAUACUAAGCCUAGGCUUGUGACCAUCUCCGCUAGGGGCAUGUUUACGAUCAGAUUUACAAAGAGAUUGUAUUUAUUCAUUUUGUGACUACUUCUGUAUGGCAGAUCGGAUAGAUCUGUGGGUCCUAGGCACAUCAGGUCUGUAUCGGGAGAAUCCAACCGAGUUCAUUAGGUCUGAGCCAUCAGCUCCCAAUACGUCUUCUUCCAUUAGGUCGUUGCAGCUGCAUCUAUCCUGUGGCGGCAACGCCGGCACAACUUCACCGAGUUUGCGCCAUCCUCUCCUGAUACCUCCUCCUAAUUCAAUCGGUCCGCAUCUAUAGCCGGCCGGUGUCGACAACGCCCCUGCAAGUCAUCAGGUCUCACCCCAGGCACAUCAGGCAGGUGUCUCCAGGUCCCAAAACGAGUUCAUUAGGUCAGCAGACAUCCAACAAUCUUUGUUCUGAAUUGAUUCACUGAAUAGCUGGCAUCUUUCUAGUGGAUUGUAUUUGGUUAGAUACUCGCAGAACACAACGUAACAACAAGUUUUCAAUUGUGGAAUGGAUUUAGACGCCAUCAAGUUGUUGUUGCGUUAUCCUCGAGGGACUACAGAGCACUUAGCUGGCGUAGAUGGAUUUCUGGAAUUUGCAUAUAAAGAUAAGCUCGAAGAUACAAAGAUCUCUUGUCCAUGUGAAGAUUGCGUAACGUGCCCUGUUCUUCUCCAUAUAUUUUAAUUAAACAUGAUAUCUCUAAAUUUAUUUGGUUGCUACAUAAGGCUUCUAGAGAUUGUAUACUGUAAUUUAUGUAAUUGCUCUGUAUUGUUUCGACAGAAUAGCUGGCAUCUUUCUAGUGGAUUGUAUUUGGUUAGAUACUCGCAGAACACAACGUAACAACAAGUUUUCAAUUGUGGAAUGGAUUUAGACGCCAUCAAGUUGUUGUUGCAUUAUCCUCGAGGGACUACAGAGCACUUAGCUGGCGUAGAUGGAUUUCUGGAAUUUGCAUAUAAAGAUAAGCUCGAAGAUACAAAGAUCUCUUGUCCAUGUGAAGAUUGCGUGCACACUAUAAUAACUACUAUACUAUUUGGGAACAAACAUCUUUUUUGUAAGAAUUUUGAGGUAUGCUGAGAAUUAAUGUGGAGCUGACACGUUUGCACUUUAUACUUUAGAUUUCUGCUGGGUUUGAAAUGUGCGCACUUUCGGUGCUUCCUACAAAUUUUAAGAGGCGCUUGGAUUCUGUGUGGUACCCCUUCAUGUGCGUUUGAUUUUUUUCUGUGUGCGUGUAGCAGCCUAGAGCUGGACCCGCAAGUUUCAGUGCGGUCAAAGCGGCGCCCAUGAUUCCACGACGCUUAAUUGCAUCUGGUUCAUUCUCUCGCCCCCAUCUCUCCCAUCUGUUCUCUUUCUAGGCACCGCCGACGCCAUCGUCCACCAGGACCGGCGAGCGGCGAGCGGGACCUCCGUUGACGGGACAAGCCAGCAGCGCAGUGGAGAAGCCCCGCGUACAUAUCUCCAUUGCGAGCAGAUGGCGGCGCGGAGGCCUCAGAGCUCCCUCCUCUCCCACCCGAAACAUUGCCGGAGCCUACACGGCCGUCCUCGUGGUAUCCCACUAUGCCAUGUCUCUUGCCCCAUGCCCAAGCCUCCUGCCCUGGUCUCCUCCCCGUCCCGAUUCCCCCAGAUGUGGAGGUUGACUAGCUGUGGGGAACACCGAGAGCCCUCGCCGACGUUUUCAAUGCUGAUGUGGAGGUUUGUGCGCGGAGUCUUCGCCCGCGGCCGUCUGCCACGGGCACGGGCCGAUGCGCCGCCAUCCCGUGACAGGAGGAGCACCGCCUGGGCGUCGCUCAGCGUCGGAGGGAUGGAGGCCGAGGAGUGCCACAGUCUGCGUGCCGGAGGGUUUCGCGAGGCCGGCCGUUGGCCUCCAUGGCCAUGAGCCGAUUGUUUAGCUCCAUCUUCAUGGACCUCCUCCUCCCUCGAGCGGCCCUUCACGGGCCUCCUACUCCCUCGAGCGGCCACCCAACCCCACCUUUUUCAGUCCCAAUUCUCCCCGCCGCGAGGCGGUCGUGGACUGAGUCGGCUGCUCCCGGACGCCGGGGACAGAAUCCCCUGCCGCGGCUUCCCCGCCGUAAUUACCUCACAUGGAUGGCAGCCCUGGACGGCAGCAGUCCCGCUGCCUACUCACUUUGCUUCUCCACAUAUCUGCUUUUAUUUUCUCCUCCGAUCUCCUGGGUGUAGACUGUAGACUGUAGAUCCGGCCCUGAUUCACGCCCUCCGUUCAUCUUCUUUGUCUUGCAUCUUCAUCAAUAUUUUCUUCGCGUGGCCAUCUUGAGGGUUGGCGUCCUCCCCUAUCGAGCCGGACAGCCCUGGAGACGGAGUAUUGUAGGACGGUUAGGCCUCUUGUCGUUGGACGACAAAGGCGGUGCAGAUCCCCUGCUCCGGGGCGGGCUGCUUUUUUCUGCGCCACCUUCGCGCUUACUUGAGUCUUUAUGGCUUAUGGACUUCAGGAUGAUAAACACAUGAAAAUCUCAGACAUGAUUCUGCACUGCAGGCUGCAUAUUGUGUCGGUGGGCAUUCAGGAAACUGGCAAGUUAUUCAGAACUCAAUUCUUGGAUGUUACUUGCGUCGUCCUACUCUGAAUCGGCAUCAUGGAGCUCCAUACAUCCACAUGCUCUUCGUCAGCCAGAGCCCAUGGCCCAGUUUAGUCUUUCCCCCAGAUCAUUUUCAGAUCCACCUUUAAGUUAUACAACCAAUGGUAAAGUUAUACACAACUAAGGGACCAUAUCAUCAACUAGAUCAAGACAAGACUGAAUUCGUUGGAGCCAACGUUAUGGUCAGGAAGCAUACCAUCUUUCUUCCCAAUGUUCUCCACUACUAUGCAUGGAUGCUGCACUGGAGUUGCCUGAUAUGUAUUGAGAUGGUACGCAGGAGCAUGCUUGAAGCCCAGUGAGAAGAAAUGAGAAAAUUUCUCAGGAGGGAGAACAUGCUUGAAUAUUGCCGUGUAAGUCUUCUUUCAGAUACAGUGUACACAUGGAUUUGGGUGAGUACACACUGCGUCUUUCUUUCUCAAAUUGUGCUUGCUUGAACGUUGUUUGCUGGCUUUGGCAGCUUUUGUCCAUGGCUUCCAUGCGUGUGUGCACAUGAAUUGGGGUGAGUACACACUACACCUUUCUUUCCCAAAUUGUGGUAGCUUGGACAUUGUUUGCUGGCUUCGGCUGCUAUCGCCCAUGGCUUCCAUGCGUGCAACCGUACCAGUCGCUCUGUCCGGUGGUGUAAUCGAAGACAGUGUGCACAACAAGUCAACAACUAGCUAAACUGAUAUGCUAAUUAAAGUAAUAUGGUUCUGCUAACUUUUCUAUGUGCUAAUGUAAUUAAUCUUCCAAAGGGAAGUAUGAAAGAAACAAAAGAAUAAACUAUAAAGAGGAAAGGCAUAUGAUCCAGAGCCUUCUAAGGCGUGAACAUGACAGUUGCCGGUUCUACCGCCACAUUGCCUAGCUAGCCAUGAACAACUACUAAUUCCAAUUAUUAUUCAUGCCCGAUGUUGAAGUUCAAGAUGCACCUCUAUUUAUGUCCGACCAAUUCCAGGGUGAGGGAUUUUCCUACCAGUUCAAUAUGUCCAAAGUGAAGAAAGAAAAGAGAAGUGAGAAAUGCGCAAACGUACACUUUCAAUUGCCAUGGUCUGCUGAAUUGAUUAAUUUGUUGGAAGGUCAACCAAUGUUAAUUAUUGUUAUCGACCUUCUUGCUAUCGUUUUAGUGGCUCUUAAUAUUGGUGAUGUAAGACGACCUCCUUGCACACUUCAAAGUUCAUUUUUGCUUAUACCAAGUGGGUCAGACUAACUAAAGGGUGGUUUUUCUUUGUUCUACUGUGGUAAUACAUCCGAGCGGAAUGUAUAACUCUGAACUUUUAUAGCCAAGCGAUUUCUUUUUUUCACCUUCAAAAUGGCAGUGUAGUUCUAGAUGUAGUAAAAAAAAUAUUCUUGGAACACUUUUGCUCAAUUCACCUCUUACAGAUUGAUGCCAUUUUGCAAGAUUGUUCAAUGGCAAUUGCCCAAACCAUUUGUAUGUAGAAAAUGCAACUCUCUGUUCUUCCUUUAUUGUAACUAGCUAGCUAGAUCAAUUUAUUAUAUCUCUGUUCUUCUUUUACUGAUAACUAACUAGAUCAGUAAAUUAUAUUCACAUAUAUCUCCCAAAUUAACACUGCAUGCAUAUCUUCCAAAUGUGUUAACAAUGAAGUAAAUCAGUUCAAGUAAGUAAGGAAGAGGAGAGAUACAAAAGGAGAGAAUGAAGAUAGAUAUGUCAAAACCUUUUGUUUUUGUUCUUGGAUCCAGAUCCUUUUCUUUUCUUGAUGUCUUUUUCCUUAUGAAUUGUAGAUCCAGUUCUUGUUAAUUUACAUUUUGUUCCAUGCCGCCUCCUCCCACCAGCUAUAGAGAAGUCCACCCUAUAUGGAGAGUAUGGAGCAUACAGAGCUAUAGAGAAAACAAAUGCUACUGCAAUUUCUUGGGCUAGCUUGCCUCCUGAAACCUGAAUUGCUUUGAGAUAUGAUUGAAGGAUUUGGCUUUCCCAAUGGUCUUUGGUUGGUUAUUCAGUACUCUUGGAUUUAUUAGUUAUGUUUCCUCAACACAAACAUUAGAUUACUAUAGUGAACUGCGACAUACUCACAGUUCAGGUAAGAAAUUGAUAUUUAUUUUGUAUCUGUUAAUACACGUGUUGUAGCUAUUUGAGUUUGAGUGGUUUGGAUAGAUGGAACGGUAGGUUUUCAUUGUUGUAGUAGAUAUUUGAGUUUGAGUGUAUGCAGUCCUGCUGAUAGGCAAGCAGCUGCCUGUUGCUGCGCCAGCCACACCAUAUUGGUUCCUCUCCAUCAGGGCCCCUCCAUUAAGGGAUGAGUGUACUCAUUUUUAGAUCAGAGAAUUGGAAAAGGACCAAACAUAGUGUACCAAUGUGUUGAUAACUUAUUUGUCUAAGGUUGAUAGAUUUCUUAGAACUCUUUGUUGGUUUUUUAGUCUUUAUCAUCUAGCAAUAAUUUCCAUGUCACUGGUCAUGGCCUUUUAAGUUUAUAACUGUCGUUCGCCAUGGCAGCGGCGGUGGUGACGUUCAGCUUAUUUUGGGAGCUGAACCCGAAUAAGAUGUGGCCAGGAAGUGGAUCUACCACAACGGUAAAAAAAAAAAAGCUCAGCCAAACGUGUCAAUAAAUGUCCAUCUCACCAGACACGAGGCCACACACAGCAUACAACAAGCCAUCGAUCACCCAUCACUCAAUACCAACCUUUCACCGCAACCAUCUACAGACCAGUAAUAGUGUAUUAGUGUAUGUAUAAAUGUCACACAAAAAUAAACCAACAAAUACACCAUGCCUUUAAAUAGCAAGAACAAACAUAAUUCCCAAAAGAAAAAUACUAAAAUGCACAUUCAUUUAGCACUACCAGAAAUCACCAUCACUCGGCCACACAUGGCGCGGCGUGCCGCCGCGCCCCUUCUUUGCUAGUACUAUCAAGAGAUGAUGUUCGUGGCCACUUGGUGUGCAAUGGAAUGCUUCAGAGUUAUGAUAAAUGGGUUUUCCAUGGUGAGUCAAUAUCUGAACAACCAGCUCAGCAACCACAACCUCGCAAUGAAGGAAUGAAUGCUAACAUGCACCAAUUAAUUAAUGAUGCACUUAGGCAAGUAUAUGAUGAUGUGCCUAUGGCAGACAAUACAGAUUUGCCAAAUCCACUUUCACAUGGACCAAACAUAGAAGCACAAAACUUCUACAAAUUGAUUAAAGACUCACAGAAACCUUUGUGGCCAGGAUGUGAAUUAUCUCAGUUAUCCUUACUUGUUCUUUUGUUUAAUAUAAAAUCCAUGAACAAAUGGUCUGAUAAAUCAUUUGGAGAUCUACUUGAUAUUUUGCACAUGGCUAUUCCGAAUGGAAAGGAACUUCCCCAGAAUUUUUACGAGUCUAAGAAGAUUGUUUCGAAGUUUGGCCUUGGUUAUGAAAAAAUUCAUGCAUGCCCAAAUAAUUGCCAGUUGUUCUGGAAAGAUAAAGCAGAUGAUGAUUUUUGCUCUAUCUGCAAGGCUUCUAGAUGGAAAGAUAAACUACCCGAAACCAAGUUAACCAAAAAGGAAAGAAAGAAGGCAAUCCCAAGCAAAGUUUUAAGAUACUUUCCAAUCAAGGAGAGGCUGAAAAGGUUGUUCAUGUGCAAAGAAACAGCAGCUUUAGCGCGAUGGCACGAUGAAGAGCGCAUCAAGCAGGAUGGCGUGCUACGGCAUCCAGCUGAUUCCCAGGCAUGGAAGCAUUUUGAUGAAAAGACAGGAUUUGAUUCUGAUGCCCGUAAUAUUCGGUUUGGUCUGGCUACUGAUGGUUUUAAUCCAUAUGGGAUGAUGAGCUCUAGUUAUAGUUGUUGGCCGGUUGUCUUAGUCAUGUAUAACCUGCCUCCAUGGCUAUGCAUGAAGGAAUCUUACCUUUCAUUAUCUUUAAUAAUUCCUGGAUCUAAGAGCCCCGGGGAUAAUAUUCAUGUCUUUCUACAACCCCUUUUAGAAGAUUUGAAAGAUCUAUUUCUGAAUGGCAUUUCCGUUUAUGAUGCAUCCAAAAAUGAAACCUUUCCUCUGAAAGCAGCUUUGUUGUGGACUAUAAAUGACUUACCGGCCUUCGGAAUGCUGGCUUCAUAUAUGGUGCAUGGAGAAUUUGCAUGUCCACCUUGUGGUGCAAAUGUAUGGACCAAGCGCCUGAAACAUGGGAAAAAAUAUUGUUUUAUGGGUCACCAACGAUUUCUGCCACCUGGUCAUGAAUUCCGUAAUGAUGCUUCUUCUUUUGAUGGAAAAACGGAGCAUGGAACAGAGCCUGAAACUUAUUAUGGGCGCCCCGUAUUAGAUGACAUAGCUUCUAUUAGUGAUUUUACAAAGUCAGAAACUUACAAGGGCAAAAGCAGUCUAUUCACAUUACCUUAUUGGAACACUAAUCUCCUUCGACAUAAUCUUGAUGUUAUGCAUAUAGAGAAGAAUGUGUGUGAUAAUAUUUAUGGCACACUUCUAAAUUUGGAUGGGAAGUCAAAAGAUAAUCUACAGGCUCGUCAAGAUCUCAAAGAGAUGAAUAUUAGAGAGGAUCUUCAUCCAGAAAAAAAACCUUCAGGCAAGUUCUACUUACCACCUGCAAGCUUUACUAUGUGUAGAAGUGAGAAGCAAUUAUUCUGCAAAAAUCAUCAAAAUAUAAAUGUUCCAGAUGGAUAUUGUGGAAAUAUAUCCAAAUGUGUAAAUUGUGUUGACGGAAAAAUUCAUGGGCUCAAAACACAUGAUUGUCAUGUCCUAAUGCAUCAAUUCUUGCCUAUUGCUUUGAGGGGUAUUCUUCCAGAUAAUGUCACAGCAGUACUAUUUGAAUUGUCAUCUUACUUUCGUGGAAUAUGUUCGAAAGUUCUUCACGAAGAUGAGCUUGAACGUUUGGAAGAAAGCAUCAAAAUUACACUCUGUAAAAUGGAGAUGAUAUUCCCUCCUGGGUUUUUCACGGUUAUGGUUCACUUAGUUGUCCAUUUAGCAACUGAGUGUAAGAUCGCUGGACCAGUUUGCUACCGAUGGAUGUACUUCAUUGAAAGGUAUCUUGGUAAGCUGAAGUCGUAUGUUCGGAACAAAGCUCGUCCGGAGGGCUCAAUUGCAGAGUCGUAUUUGGCGGAUGAGUGUAUGGCAUUUUGUUCAAGAUACUUAGAGGGUUUCGCCACUAAGCAUAACCAACCAGCAAGGAAUGAUGACAACCCACAUCAAUAUGAAUCUUCAAUAUAUUCACAUGAGUCUACGUUGUUUCCUCCGGUAGGGAAAUCACUGGGAAGACCAAUUGGUUACACUUUAGGCGACAACGAGGCAGUACAGGCCCAUAGAUAUGUGCUAUUCAAUUGUGACGCUGUCAAGCCAUAUUUAACAGAACAUGGUAAAUAUUUGAGAAGAAAGAACCGGAAGAAACGCCUAGAUCCAAAUACAUUUGAGAAGAUGCAACAUGAGGAAUUUGCUGAAUGGUUCAAGGAUCAUGUCAUGGAGUUGGAGAGGGAGAACGGUACUGGAAGCAUCGACGAGGAUAUUAGAUGGUUAGCCCGUGGUCCACUUCAGGUUGCAACUAGACAUAGAGCAUUUAAUAUUCGUGGAUACAGAUUUAGACCGAAGCGUUAUGACAAGGUGACUCAAAAUAGUGGUGUUGUUCUGAUCGCAAAAACAUCAAGCUACACUUCUGCACGUGAUAAAAACCCUAUCCUCGGAGAUGUCAUCUACUUUGGAAGGAUAGUUGACAUAAUUGAGUUAGACUACUAUAGAAAAUUUUCAGUUGUGCUGUUUAAGUGCGAAUGGGUUGAUCCUACUGAAGGAAAAGGUGUGCAAAUAGAUAAGUAUGGUUGUAGACUUGUAAAUUUCUCGCAUCAAAUUCACACCGGUAAAAAGGGAAGUGAUGAACCUUUUGUGUUUGCCAGUCAAGUUGACCAAGUAUUCUAUGUGGAUGAUCAUCUUUAUCAAGGAUGGUCAAUUGCUUUGAAGAUAAAGCCUCGAGAUGAGUUCGAAUUGGGUGAAGAGUGGACCGAUGUGGAAACUGAACCUUAUCAUGUCAGCAAGUUCUUGGAGCUUUUUGAUAUUUCCCAUCAGAAACAAACUUGGAGGAGAAGAGAUAUAGAGGGAGAUACUGUAGAUGCUCCCAAAGUGUCACCAGAUGAAUCAGUUCCCGAUGAAACAGUGCCUCAAUAAAGUUCAGAUUCCUGCGUGUUCUCAUGUGAUUCAGUUGCUACAUUUUCUUCAGCAGCGGGUGAAUUAUAAAAGGCUGGAACCAGUUAACUUGAUGAAGCCAUUGCUGUUCAUUUUUAAAACUAUUUGUUGCUUAAAGACUUUAUUUUCUGUCCCAGUACAUGGUACCUCGAACAAGUAUAUUUGUGGUGCGUGAGAGUAUUUUCUUAAUUUCGCAACCUGCAAUUUCUCACAAUAUGUGUGCAGUGCUAUUAUUUUCUGAAAACGU